ACACCUUAAUCCUCUCUCUUAUCUCUCCACAGAGCGUACAAAAGAGGCGAGAGGGGGCCAUUCUAGUCCCUUCUGUACCGGCUCUUCUCAACAUUCGUCAUCUUUUAAUAUCUCAGUGAAUCUGUGUCUCAAGAUGUCGAAAGCCGGCGCGUUGGAUCUCGCUUCCGGUCUCGGCGGAAAGAUAGAUAAAAGUGAUGUUUUCUCCGCCGUCGAGAAAUAUGAGAAGUAUCAUGUCUUUUAUGGAGGUGCAGAGGAAGAGAGAAAAGCCAACUACACUGACAUGGUUAAUAAAUAUUAUGAUCUUGUCACAAGUUUCUAUGAGUUUGGAUGGGGGGAGUCUUUCCAUUUUGCACACAGAUUUAAAGGGGAGUCUCUUCGGGAAAGCAUCAAGCGACAUGAGCACUUUCUUGCGUUACAGCUUGGCCUGAAAUCUGGGCAGAAGGUAUUGGAUGUAGGAUGUGGAGUUGGUGGACCACUGAGAGAAAUUGCUCGAUUUAGCUUGACAUCAGUUACAGGGCUGAACAACAAUGAAUAUCAGAUAGCAAGAGGAAAGGAAAUGAAUCGCAUUGCAGGAGUGGACAAAACCUGUGAUUUUGUGAAGGCUGACUUCAUGAAAAUGCCAUUUUCUGACUCUAGUUUUGAUGCAGUAUAUGCAAUUGAAGCUACUUGCCAUGCACCAGAUGCAUAUGGAUGCUACAGUGAGAUUUACAGAGUAUUGAAGCCUGGACAAUUUUUUGCUGCAUAUGAAUGGUGCAUGACGGAUUCUUUUGAUCCCAAUAACCAUGAACAUCAGAAAAUUAAGGCAGAAAUUGAGAUUGGAGAUGGCCUUCCAGACAUUAGAUUAACUGGGCAAUGUAUUGAAGCUCUCAAAAAGGCUGGUUUUGAGGUCGUGUGGUCAGGAGAUCUUGCAGCAAGCUCACCUGUCCCAUGGUACUUGCCCUUGGAUAAAAAUCACUUCUCUCUGAGUAGCUUCCGUUUAACAGCACCUGGCAGAUUUAUCACAAAAAACAUGGUCAAGGCCCUAGAAUAUGUGGGAUUUGCUCCAAAAGGAAGUCAAAGGGUACAAGAUUUUCUUGAGAAGGCUGCAGAGGGAUUAGUUGAAGGCGGAAGGAGGGAGAUUUUUACUCCAAUGUUUUUCUUCUUGGCUCGGAAACCACAUUCAGAGAGUCAGUAAGCUUUCAUGACAAUGGUAGUGAUCGGUUUCUAAUUUCCAUGAUAACGAUACGCAGCUACCAUAAAUGGGUGUUCAAUUUCCAGAGUUGGUUUGAAUUGUACCUCUUAUCAUUUGCUUGAAAAUUUUCAUCGGAUUUCUGUUCAAAUUUGGUUCCUUAACUCAUCUAACAUAUUAAAGUUUUGCCUUGCUGUAGUGUAGUCAGCAUUUUUGUCUGCAUGUUCUUCACAAUCUCAUGAUGUUUAAUUAUGCUCUCAGACAUUUUCUUAGGGCUAUAGUAUGCAACCAUGUGGCUUCUUGGAUUUUAGUUAUUUAUUUAUUUAACAUGGUGAACUCUGAUUACUACCUGUCA